AUGACAUUUACAAGACAAGGUUUUGAUGCUAAAUUAGAACUUGACAAUUCUGGUGAUACAGCUAUUACGAAUAUUAAAAUGGAUAUUAUUAUAAGAGAUGAUGAUAAUAAACAAGAUUUUAUAAGACAUUUUAGUAUUGGUCAACCGAGUUUCACUGGUGCAUUAACUGGUAUAACAGGUACUGGUGUAUUAGCAGAUCGUUCUUCAGGAAGUGUCAAUUGGUUGAUUAUACCCUAUGCUACAGCUGCACCAACAACAGCGACAUGGUAUCGAGUAGGUGGAAAUUUAUCAUAUAUAUUAGAUGGUGAAUUAUUACAUAUUCCAUUGAUACCUGAUACGAUAUUUGUGCAACCGGAUGCUCAACUUCAUAUUGCUUAUUUUUUGGAUAAGUAUGUGAUCGGUCCUGAUCCUAAGCUGCCUCCUUCAGAACAGCAACCGUCACAACCAUUCAUUUUAAGUAUGAUUUUAAGUAAUAGUGGUUAUGGUUAUGCACGUAAUUUUCACAUCUCUAGUAGUCAACCUACCAUCGUUGAGAAUGAGAAAGGACUUUUGAUUGAUUUUAAAAUUACUUACAUGACAAUCAAUAAUAUUUUAACAUCACCUACACUUACAAUGGAUUUAGGUGAUCUACAUCCAUUAACAACAACAAUAAUAACAUGGCAAAUGUUAGCAUCUUUGAAAGGUCAAUUUCGUUCAUUUAAUGCCACAUAUACUGAAAGUAAUCCGAAUGGUGAUCCACGAUUAUCUUUAUUGAUGUCAUUAACCAGUCAUUCAUUAAUUCGACAAGUGUCACUUGAUAUAUUUGAACGUCAACUCAAUGAUAAUCGGCUUGACUAUCUGGUUGAUGAUCUUCCUGAUGCUGAUUUCAUUCCAGAUACUGUUUACAGUAGUACAAAUGCUACACUUUUUUAUCCAGUCUAUCAUUUAUUAAAUAUAUCAAGUAGGCAUCAAUCUAUUGAUUCCAAUACUCAAAAAAUAAUAUUAACUGUUACAUUAUUCACAUGGAUACCAUCAUUAUCAUUUGUUUACGUACGUUUCAAUAAUCCAUAUCAAAAUCAUGAAAUUAUUUUUUCAUCAAUAAGUAUGAAUGAUGGACGUGACAUUACUAUUAAUACAUGGUUAACAAAUCACUCAGAAAAUUUGUUAAAUUUAUUUGAUCGAUUACCAAAUGAAUAUUUACGGCAAACACAACAAAUCUAUGAAAUUACACUGAAGAAGAAGUCAGAUUCAAUAAAUUCGUCGACAACAUUAACUAGUACAACAUCUUCAUUUGAUACUCAAUCGAUAGGAACAUUUUCUUCAACAACUUUAAAUGCAACUGAAACUUCAAUAACCUUCCCCUCCUCCACUUCCUCCUCCUCCUCAUCAUCAUUAACAACAACAAUUGUUAAUAGAGUUGAAAUUCGACCAUUGAAACCAGAAGAUGCAUAUUUCAUUAUUGAAGCUGACGAUUACAAAUCAUCUGAUCUGUAUUCCGUAGCUCAAAUUCAAUUUUGUAUUAAAAAAUUAUGCAGCGUGGGUGCAUAUCGUGAUGGCAACCUACUUGGUUGGCGACUUUUGCAAUACGAUGGUUCUUUCGACAUGGUAUAUACACUUCCUGAAGCUCGUCGACUUGAACUCGCGUCUCUGUUGAGUGUUCGAUUGACGACAGAAAUGUUUAAAAUGCAAGAACGUGUAUUUGGACAUACAGCUUUGAACAAUCGAAAAUCAAUCGGCAAAUGGCGAUAUCCUAGCGAGCCAUCCAUAAACUCAUUCGGUCAAGUAGCACCAGUUAACAUCUUUGAAUAUUUACCUGACUUGGAACGUUAUCGAAUAAUCUACCUCUACAUUGAGCCAAACGGAUGCGAAAUUGCCGAGCGAUGCGUUGGUGGAAGUGGAUGGCGUCGACUCCUUGUCUUCUCAACAACGGCACCCAAUUUUGGAACACAAGAGUUGCGUCUCGGUUCUGUAUCCUAUUUUGCGAAUGGUUUACAGUCCGAAUUAAUUACCAAACAUCAUGUCUUCGAAUAUUCUCCAUGUCACAAACAUUAUCAUUUCUCACAUUAUGGAUCAUUCGCCCUUGGGAAUCCAACCGAUCAAUCAAAUUUGACCAACACUAAGAGAGGAUUUUGUUUACAAGCUGUUUAUCGUCAUGCCAAUGCAGAAUGGAGUCCAUUACAUCAAGAAUAUUAUACGUGUUCACUGCAAGGGAUACCACCCGGCUGGCAGGACACCUAUCAGGGUGGACUUCGAUGCCAGUGGAUUGAUAUCACCUCUAUCAAUACGUCCGCGCAGUCUUAUACAACAUCGUUGUAUUCAUCACUCAAUCCAGAUGGAUUUCUUUGUGAAGGUACUCCACAACCUGACACUUGGAUACGUACGGAAUUUAACACGACAUGUUGUUCAGGAAAUGGAUGUUGUGGUGAAUCGAAUUUAACACAAUGUUGUGGUGGUCUACCGGUUGUGCGUAUAUGUGAGGCAUCAGUUGCUCUUCGUUCAGGUCUUGCCUGUAUAUGGAACGCUUCUCUCACUACUGUUAUUAUUAGCCAUAGAGACAAACCACGUGACAUCCACUUCAUUUGUCCACCACCACGAGAUUCUGUCGAAAUUGGUGGUCAGUUUUCUGUAUACUAUGGACCGUUGUUUGCUGAUUUGGCUUUUGGCGACUUGUCGUGGUCAAGCAUUGAUUAA